GUAAUAUCCACAGGGAAGAGGCUGCACAGGUAAACAUUAACCUGCUCCCUUUUCACCUGGAUGAAAAACCACUGCAGAAGAGAAACCCUUUGCUUCAAGCCACAGCUACACUGAAUUGAACCACCGCUGUUCCUUUGAGCUCGGACGAGUAAAUGAAGACAGGAUGGCCAAAUCAGCACUGGAGAUAGUGGCUCUUGUACUGUCGCUGAUUGGACUGAUUGGGGCAGCUGCAAGCACCGGCAUGCCGAUGUGGCGAGUCACAGCUUUCAUUGGAGAGAAUAUCAUCGUCAUGGAGAUUCGCUAUGAGGGUUUGUGGAUGAACUGCUUCCGGCAAGCCAACAUAAGGAUGCAGUGUAAGGUCUAUGACUCUCUCCUGGCCCUCUCGCCUGAUCUGCAGGCAGCGAGAGGAUUGAUGUGCGCCUCUGUGGCUCUGGGAGGCAUCGGGUUGCUCGUCAGUUUGAUCGGGAUGCAGUGCACAUCAUGCAUUGUGAACAAUGACCGAGCUAAGCGAGUGGUUCUGAUUAUUGCAGGAUGCUUGAUUCUAAUGGCCUGCAUCUGCGUCCUCAUUCCUGUGUCCUGGACUGGUCAUGUCAUCAUCAGGGACUUCUACAACCCCCUGCUGAUUGAUGCCCAGCGCAGGGAGCUUGGAGAAGCUCUCUACAUCGGCUGGGUGGCCUCUGCUUUCUUGUUUGCUGGAGGAUGCGUGUUUACCUGUUGCAAUAUACAGAAUGAAGACAAAGAACCGGAGAGGUACAUGUACUCCAAAAAUUCAGACUACAGUGUUUAUACCCCGCAGCCUUUUCAGCAUCCACAGCCUCUCCAGCCUCAACAGCUGGUGCUGAUUCCUCGAUCAGAACCUCAUCCAGUCCUGUCAAGACAUCCAUCGAUUGCUUACAGCUACCCCUCCAGAUACCCUUCUGUUCGCAGUGGCGGAGUCGCUUAUCUAUAAAAACUGUCAAUAAUUGUCAUCAUAUGCAAAAAAAGUUUCACAUUUUCCGUUUGUAUUGUCACCGGACUGCAAGUUCACCAUUCAUAUUUAUAAGAGUAAAUAGCUUAGACAGUUUAAAAAUGGCACUUUUUAAAAAAAAAUGUACUUUUAUUUUGUUAAUAUCAAUAUUCAGAUAUCUUCAUCCCAACCUAUGAUUAAAAGGUAAACAGAAUGAGAUGACAACAAUCACAUUUUAUUCUGUACUAUGAUGAGAAAGUAAAACGUCUAUGCUAAUCAGAGUUUAUACUUGGAAGAAUUAAUGUUGUAAAUGUGUGUAUUGUCUACAUCUAUCAUGCAUUUUUCACUCUCGGUACUUUUGGUGCAAGUGUUUACUAUAAUUCUAAAGACAGUGUUGUUUUUUUUUAAGUUAACUGUUUUCUUAAACAUGUGCCUGGAAUCCAUUAGAUUCAAACAUUUCAGUUUCUUGUUCAUAAGACUAAAUGUAUUAGAUUACCUCAGAUAUCUGCAUUUAAAACUCACACCAACCAUUACAGGUAAUUGUAUGAAGUUUAAUUUGUGAGUCAUGGUUUAUGCUAGAGCCAGAAGUGCCUGAUUAAAAACUUGCAACAACAAAACAAAGAGCAUACUUUGCUUCGCUUGCUACGGGUGUGGACCGAACGUUUACUCCUCACAGACUCCAGGAACUCGCAGGAUCAUGUGAUCCACAUUUGCAAGUUGUUUUGAAUUAAAAUGCAAAGAGUUAAGACCUAAAUAUUAAAUUUACGUUUUAAUUCCUGAUCCAUAUGUUUAACAACAAUAAAAUGAAGUAAAUUAGUUUAUGU